CUUCAUUCGGGAUCUUGACGACUACCUUCUCCAUCCAACCUUAACUAUUCCUCUUAGAUUUAAAUGAUUGACUUGACUGGAUUCUCUCCUUCUUCACUCUCCCCUCUAUCCUCUCUUUGUUAAUUCUCUACUCUUUUUUUUUUCCAUCUUUCUCGUCUCCUACUUCUUUAAUACUCGGUCUCCCCCAUUUCUAUAUACUCCUCCAUUAAUUGCUCUCUUUCCUGCUUUCCGUCCCCACCUGAUCCUUCGCAUUGUCUUUACCUCCCCCCUCGCGAACUAUAUAAUACCGCCGCCAUCGUCAUCCUGGAUUUCCCACUAAACGAUUCUCCAUGGUUACACCACACAACCGCCAUUGACGAGAUCACCUUUCAAUUUCGACUGACAGUUGCGUGGGAACCGCCGGCCGGUUGUACUGCGUUGUUCCAAUCGCCGAUCCAGGUCGCAUCUCUGCCUCUCGAUUUGCAAACGUAGAGAAGGAUAGCCUUUUUGUCUUCUUUCCUGCGUGUUACGUUCUUCGCUCGGCGCAGGACUUUUGUCUAUGUCCCAGUACCGUGACCUGGGCGAGGGGAACGGAAAAAUGGCCAUUUCAUAUGCGAGCGGGAUCCCCGCCGAUCACAGCCAGGCCCUUCCCUCCUUUCGGGAGCUGCUCCCUCCUCACCUCCACGACGAAAUUGAGUCGACCUCCUACUUCACCUCCCGCCAACCGCCGCGCGAGCGCCCCGCUUCAGCCAGCCACGAUGUCUCCGGUCCCCAUCCGAUGACCGAUCCCCGCCCCUACGGCCCAACUUCCAAGAUGCCCAUGGGAGAAGUUCAGGCGCCCCGUGAUUACUCGGUGGCCCCCCCAACCAGAAGUCACGGGGCGGUGCAAUCCCGAGUGCACGGAAAUGCGCCCGCACCCGCGCCCACACCCCCCGCCACCUCGACGCCCCGGUUCGCUUCUCGAGGCCCGAGCCCCAUCCUGCCCCCGAUCCGGGACCUUCAGUCAAUCUCUGAUCGGGGCGCCAUCACGCCGACUGCGCCGUUCCCCGAUGUACGACCGGUCUCGCGACCCGACUCGUACUCCGCGCAGGACUAUCGGGCUGGUCCCGCCCCCAUCCACGGUUACGCGGGGUCCAUGGGGGACAGGCGGAGUACGGAUGCGUACAUGGCAAACGGCGGACCGCCGGUGAUGCAUGGGCAGAUGGCAUACCCGUACCCGCCCAUGUCCUACCAGAGCGACUCGGAGCAGUCGGCUCAGGCCUUGUCGCAAGCCCAUCACUCGAACUUUGGCAUCCUCGGCGACCCGAUCGACUCCAAAAACAAACGCCGACGGGGGAACCUGCCCAAGCCCGUCACGGACAUCCUGCGGGCCUGGUUCCAUGAACACCUGGACCAUCCGUACCCCAGCGAGGAGGACAAGCAGAUGUUCAUGACGCGUACCGGACUUACAAUCAGUCAGAUUAGCAACUGGUUCAUCAAUGCUAGACGACGCCAGCUGCCGGCGCUGCGCAACCAGAUGCGCAACGGGGCCAGUGAUUUUGAUUCGCAGCGGCAGUCACCAUUCAGCGACGUCGACCACAACUCCCCCGAAUCGAUGCCGUCGCCCCAUCGGAUGGGGCCCAAUCCUUAGAUUUUUCCAUCCCAUGAACAACGCACAUCACGAGUUGACGGGACCUCAUAUCGGAUCGAGACGUUUUUGCGUUUUCUCGGAUGCCACCAGUCGAGUGCAAUCGACCAAGAUCAUUUUGAUACCCUUCUCGCUUCUAAUCGAAUUUUACCGGCCUUGCAUAGGAUACACGAUCUAGAGACGUCCCGUUCAGCAAGGGAUUUCAUAGAACAACCCUCUCCCACCCACAGUGGCUUUGGCAGCCUACAGAGAGAGAAUACUUGCAUUUGUGGUGUUUUUUGGUCACGUGGUGUUUAUUUUUCAUCUUAUAGCCGUCGGUCUGGCGCUCAUCGCAUUUGAUUUCUUCUUUGCUUUUUUUUAAUUUCCUUUGUCAAUCUCCUUUGUUAUACUCUCUUGGGCACCAACAGGUUUGUUUACCAGGAAAUUGAGCAUCUCGAUGAGUGUAUAGUAUACUAAGUAUGGAUGAUGUGAUCAUGUCAAGCUAGAUUUCUUUUCCUUUUUGGUUUCUCUCUUAUUUUGGUCUGGUUUAAAUAGAAUGGCAAUCAGGAAUUCCUUCAUUUUGACUUUCUGCAAAUUCAUUCAACUAGU